GGAAUGCCACUGUCUUUGUCCUCGCCUUGUUCCGCUAAUGGGUGGCCACAGCCGACGACGCCCAUUAAGGCCCUCUUGCAUUGUCCUGUUUCCAUGGUAUCGUCUUGUGACCUUCAUCCCUCGAGAUACUUUAGAACACCGCAUCCCGCGCGCUUCACCCACCCACAACCGCCACUGCAUACUAUCCUCGUCCGCUCUGCGUUGAAUCUCUAGCACUGCUGUCUCCCUGCUUAACGCCAUGAGGAUCAACGUCUACGACCAUGUUCAAGCUCUGCUGAGUAUUGAGCCUCUGGAUAAACUUCGAGCCUACCUCUCGCAGGCCACCCUCCCGCCGAUGAAGCUCGCGUCUAGAGCGCCACCACUGCCGCCCUCGGGCCAUCACUCGCACAGAAAUGUACUCUCUAUAACCCCUCAGCAGUAUCGGGUGCUUGAGAAGAUGUACCAGAUAGAAUUUCCCUCCUUCAGGUCAAGCAUGAAAGAAGUAUUGGACAUGCAUGCCGCACAAGAAGGGCUCCAGACCCGUGACCGGGAAGACGUCGAGCAUGUCACUAUCCCCUGCCCUCCUACCUUCCAGGUGGCAGUGAAUCCGCCGAGAAAGCCGGCAAACCUCGAACAGUUGUGUCGCUGGAUCUCUCAAUUCCCGCUUGACUCGGCGCAAGCGGUCAUGCAUGCACUCUUUCCUCAGUCGGACGACUGGACGUUCAGUCAUGUCAACCCUGACAUCGAUGAAGAAAUAUUCCAGUCCUAUAUCUGGAGCUCCACCGCCACCGCCUCAAGCCCAACGGGCGGUCCGGGGUCGGUAAUGGUAUUCGUGCAGCCCCCUUGGAUAUUGUCAACAAAAGACCUUGAAUCCUUCGUAUCCUGUGACGUCUUUCGGCGUGUGGAUGAUCUUGCGCACAUGCAUGAAGAUGACAAGCCCUACGCGUACACUAGCAAGGAAAGACUUUGGGCGAAGAUCUGGGACGAGUGCCAACGUAACGGAUCGUACUAUUUCGUUCUUACAACGUACUGGGGGUGGGUCUUCGGUGUAUUUACACCAGGUCGGACGGUGGGACUUCUCUCCCAAAUAAUGAGACAUGAUCAGACGGGUGCGACGAUCUUGGAGUGCCUCAUCUAUUGGUUAUUGUCCGCUAUGGGCUUCAAAGGGGGCUGGGAAGUACCAGAGGUCAGUGAAGAAUCGCAAUUCGUGGAGACGCCUUGCCUCGUCGGCGACAUUCUUCCGCCCGAUUCGUUUCAAUAUGGGCGGGAUAGACAAGCCCUCUUGGCGAUAUCUAGGCUUUCUUGACGGUGAACGACGUUCUCACAUUUUCGUCUCCCGUGCGUAGGUCGCCGAACCCUAUGUUCCCUCGGCGCGAAACUUACCCGUAGAAAGUCCUAGUCGAAGGAUCCACGCCGCACCGUCC